AUGGAGUCUGCGAGAACGUUCUAUAAAACUAUACUCAAGUCUACAGAUCCCUUUGCACUGUCGUUGCAUCUAUCAGGAAAAGCAGUUCCAAUUGUGUUCUACAUUUUGGGAUCAUGGUUUCUUUCAUUUACAGCUCAAUUCAUAGUUAUAACGCUUUUAAUAGCACUGGAUUUCUACAUCACGAAGAAUAUUUGCGGCAGGAGACUUGUUCAACUACGUUGGUGGUAUGAUGCGGAUUCUAAUCUAGAAACUUCACCUUUCAGUUUCGAGUCAUAUAAGCAAUACCCUCAGUAUCAAGGCCCUGGUGUAAAUCCAAUAGACUCCAGGCUAUUUUGGUGGUCCUGCUAUGUUACGCCAGUCGUAUGGGGAAUAUUUGGGUUAUUAUGUCUUCUACGGUUUCAAUUCAUAUACCUACUACUGACAAUACUAGCGUGUGGGUUAACUGGUUACAAUGCUUACGGUUUUCAUUGCUGUGAUAAAUGGGAUCCUCAAGCGAAAAGCAGUAAAUCGGGAUCGCUCACAGAUAUGUUAUCCAGUAACUUCGAUGGAAUUCAGAAACUUGCCAGAUUUAGGUCUUUAUUUAAUUUAUAA